GCAGCUGUGUUGCUGUCAUAAAAAUAUAACAUUACAGUAAUUAUUUAUACGUAUAGGAAAUAUUUUGCAAAGUAAUUGCUUUUGUAAAUAUGUUCAUUUAUUUAUUUAGAAAUAAUAUUCUUUUGAAAAUUUUAUUAUUAUUUACAUGAAUAUAAUAUAUUUAUAUUAUGAUCAUUGAUUGUAAAGUUUUAAAUAAUAUAAUUAAAUAACUUUUUGUUUUUUAAAAAAAAAUUAAAUUGUUUUGUGUAUCAGUUUUAUUGAUAAUAUUUAAAGCAAAAUAAAAAAUAUGGAUGAAUUUUCACCUGAUUUAAAAACUAUUUUUAAUGAAAUGAGCAAACUACGAAAGGCGUUUGUGAAUUUGAAAAUUGAACAUUCAGCACUUUUUAAACAAUCAGAGAAGCAAAAAGUACAAUUAGAGAAAUCGAAAAAUCGUUGCCAAAAAUUGAUGGAUUUAUUUACUGCAAAAUAUAAAAUCAUGAUGGAAAACAGUUCAUGUUUAAAUAGUGAAUUAAAAUAUUUAAGACAAGUUACAGAAGACUUACAAUCACAACUUACGAGUCAAACAACUGAAUUACAAAAUAAAGAAAAUCUCUUUGCUAAUUUAGAAGAAGAGAUGGAAAUUUUAAGAUCACGAUUUGAUUUACAAACUGAUGAACACAAGAAAAACAUAGAAACUAUAUUAGAUCGGAAUCGUAUUGAAAAAAAUCGAGAAAUUUCACAAUAUCAAGAGAAAUUAGAUUUGGCCAAUGCUGAGAUUUUAAAAUUGAAAGAAAGAUUAAAUUAUGAAAUUGAAGCAAAAAAUAAAACAAGAAGAUCAUCAACUAAUUAUCAUCCUGCCUUAAGUGAUGACUGUGAAAAUGAUACUCCUAUUAAAGGAAAAUAUUCAAUUAAAAAAAGAAAAAGUAUGGAUAAUAGGUGGCCUAAAUUAAAUAUUACAUCAACAAAAGCGGAGGAAACCCCUUUAACUCCAGAACAACCGAUAAAAAGAAAAAAACUCUUUUUACUUGAUAAUGAUACUAUUGUGGAUUUGGAAACACCAUAAACAUUCUGUUUUUACAUAUAUAAUAAUGAUAUUUUAAAUGUUACCAAUACCAAAAGGAAUCAAGUUAACAAUUUUAAUUUUACUAGUGCCGAAUAUUUAAAAGCUAGUAAUAAAUAUUAAAACUUUGAAAUAAUGCAUAUCAUUUAUAAUGAAUUAAGAUUAUAAUUUUAAAAACAUUUUUUCAAAGUAUCGUUAACUUGCAUUUGGCCAAUCAAAGUAUUAUGUAAAUUUUAAGUGUUAACUUUUAAGAAAUAUUGUAUUAUUUAAUACGUUACAUAAUAUAUUUUUUAUAUAACGAAA